AAUUCAGUGUUGCGAAAAGAAAGCAGCAACAAGAUAUUUGCAACUUUAGAUACCCGCUUGUAAACACUGAACUGAAGUGCCUACUAACCUACACUCCUCAACGGUUUUUAUGAAACAAGAUAAUGAUUAAGACGGAAAAGAUUUUGCAUCUCAAGAGUUCCCGAGGCAGGAAAGUUCGUGUGGUUAGGGAACAUUAUUUGAGAGAGCAUGUUCCUUGCUACAGCACUCUCUGUCAGGCGGGCUGUGCCAACGAUGGCAAGGUGCUUUCUGGAGAAGUCACUCACUAUGUGGUCCCUGACGCGGGGGUUCUGCGGGAUUAUCUGGAGGUCCUGGAGUUUCGAGAGCUCCAGGGAAUUGUUCUCACGCAAACCGCCUGCCACUCGGUACAACACAGCCGCGGACGCAGGCAGUACAACCGCUUGCGCGGGCUCUUGAAGGACCCCCGCUACGACUGUGUGCUGUUUGCUAACGAGUUCCAGAAGUACUCCUACUGCCCCAGGGAGAAGGGGGAGACACAGGACAGGUGGCAGACCAGGUGUGUGUACCAUGCAGCGGUGUGGUACCAUGACCACCUGACUGGUCUAAAGCCGGUCGUAAUGAUCACUGAGGACCAGGCUGCACUGGCGGAGUACAGCAGCCUCCACUGUGGGGUGUACGUCCUCUCCACACAGGACUACCUCAGGACCUUCUGGCCGGAGUUGCUGGCGGCCCAGGAGCUGUACAGCUCGAUCGCCCAGGCGCUGCAGGAGAGAGGGGGCGAGGGCUCUGAGAGGGAGUACGUCGACCACCUGCCUGCUGAGAUCCUGGAGGCUGGCAUCAAGUCUGGAAGAUUCCUCCAGGGAACGCUGAGUGUGAACAGGCAUAGAGCUCAGCACGAGGCCUUCCUGAGGAUGGACGCCUCCAACAAGAACACAGAGCUGAAUACGGACGUGUUGGUGUGUGGAGGUAAGAACCGUAACCGAGGUGUGCAUAGCGACGUGGUAGUUGUGGAACUGUUGCAGAGGAGUGAGUGGAUGGGGAGGACAACUGCCCUGACGGACCAGCAGGGGGAAGAGGGGAGCGGAGAAGAAGCCCAGAGCCAGCCCAUGCCGACAGGAAGAGUGGUGGGGAUCCUCCAGAGGAACUGGAGGGACUACGUGGUGACCUUUCCCCCCCGGGAGGAUAGCCAAUCACAGAGCAGGACCUCCCAGCGUAUCCUGGCGAUCCCUUGGGAUGAACGCAUCCCCAAGAUCAGGAUCAGCACCCAGCAGGCCGAGACACUGCAGGACCACAGGGUGGUGGUGCGUAUGGACUCAUGGGAGAGCACAUCCCUGUACCCCAGCGGUCACAUGGUGCGGGUCCUGGGGCGAGUGGGGGAGCUAGAGACAGAGGUUCAGACCAUCCUGAUAGAGAACGGCAUCCACCUGGCCCCCUUCUCCGAUGCCCAGCUGCGGGAGAUGCCGGUCAGUUCUCCGGAGCGUCCCUGGCAGGUGGACCCAGAGCAGGAAGCUUCCAGACGGGACCUGCGGGAGUCUCAUCUGGUGUUCAGCAUCGACCCGCAGGGCUGCGAGGAUGUGGACGACACUCUGUCAGUGCGCAGCCUGGGGCGAGAGAGGCUGGAGCUGGGGGUCCACAUCGCUGACGUCACACACUUCGUACCCGAGGGGGACCUCACCGAUCUGGAGGCAUGCGCCAGAGCCACCACCUACUACCUGGCAGACCGCAGGUAUGACAUGCUUCCUGCGGUGCUGAGUGCAGAUCUGUGCUCCCUGCUGGGAGGGGUUGACAGGUAUGCGGUCAGCGUGCUGUGGGAGCUGGACUCUCACACCCUGGAGGUGCAGAGCGUGUGGUACGGCCGUAGCAUCAUCCGCUCCUGCUACCAGCUCCACUAUGAGCUGGCCCAAAGCCUGCUGGAGGGGGAGGGCGGUCAGGUACCGGAGCUGGCCCAGAUUGAGCCCUCAGAGAGGGACGCCAGACUAGCCCGGCUCACCCAGGACCUGGAGACCCUGACCCGCAUAGCCAGGCACCUCCGUGCUCGCAGGGACAAGGGGGGGGCUCUGGAGCUGGAGGGGGUGGAGGUGAAGGCCCAGCUGGACGAGGAGGGGAACAUCACGUCCCUGGUACCCCGCCAGCCCCUCGAGGUGCAUGAGACCGUGGCUGAGUGCAUGAUCUUCGCCAACCACUGGGUGGCGGUUAAGAUCCAGGAGAGCUUCCCCCAGCAGGCCCUGCUGAGGCACCACCCGCCCCCACGCCAGCAGGUCUUCAGCCAGCUGAUCGACAGCGCCAAGGCCAGGGGCUUCAGCAUCGACACCAGGUCCAACCAGAGCCUGGCUGAGUCCCUGGCCCUGGCCCAGGACCCCCAGGACCCUCAGUUCAACCGCCUGCUGAGGAUGAUGGCCACGCAAGCCAUGUCCAACGCUCUGUACUUCUGCACUGGAACCUGCCCUCGGGACCAGUACUAUCACUAUGGUCUUGCUUUGGACCGGUACACCCACUUCACUUCCCCUAUCCGUCGUUAUGCCGACAUAAUUGUCCACCGAUUGCUUAUCGCUGCAAUCAGUCUGGACAAGGGGGUGGGGCCUGGAAAACCCCGGGCCAAUAACAAGGAGCUAGAGGAAGUGGCUCAUCAAAUCAACAACAAGAACAGAGCAGCACAGCGGGCCCAGAAGCAGUCCACAGAGCUGUUCCAGUGUCUGUACUUCAGAGACAAGGACCCUCAGACAGACCCAGGCUGCCUCUCCGACGCCAUCGUCUACGCCAUCAGAGCCAACGGCAUGCUGGUCUUCGUGCCCCAAUAUGGCCUGAAGGGGGCGGUGUACGUGAGGAGCCGCGAGGGCCUGGUGUUGAGGCUGAGGAGAGAUGGAGGCUGUGAGUGGGACAGUGGCUCGGUCCACCGCUACCCUGACCACAUCUCCACCUCCACCUCCUCCGGUACCUCCACCUUCCAGCUGUUCAACCACAUCACCGUCCGCAUCUCAGUCCAGGCUUCACGCUGCCACUCAGACAGCCUCCACCUGGAAGUGGUUAGCAAUAAGCCCCACCAGCCCUCCCAGCCCCAGCCCUCCCAGCCCCAGCCCUCCCAGCCCCAGCCCAAGGGGCGCUCCCAGCUGGUCCAGGAGGUGCUCCUCCAGGCGGAGGCGUCCCAGCGGGCCCAGGACGAGCGAGCUCAGGGCCCCCGGCUUUCCAGGGAGGAGAGGCAGUUCUGCCAGACGGCCCGUCCCAGCCUGUACUCCGUCCUGGAGGAGGUCCGGGAGCUGGCUCUGCAGACCCUCGCCCUGUAGCCUGGGGGGCCCAGACCCCCAGGGUUGAACAUACAAACUUUCUGCACGGUGGGGGAGACUUUAUUUUGUACAGAGACAACUGGAGUUUUAAUAGAAUUAUUUUUGUAAAAUGUGUGGAAAAUUAGUUAGGAUAGGGUUUUGAAAUGUACAGUUUGAUAGUUGAGUCAGACUUGUUUUAGCUUU